CACCUCACACACACACACACCCCAAACCACACGACGACCAGCAGAGGUAAGACUUCGCUCGCACCGGCGACUACCAGUAGCAAGGAAAGGGAGGGGCGGCGCAUUAGGCAGACAGGAACAGGUCGGGUGCAAGCGAGGACAGCAGACAGUGCCGCUAGUAGAGCAAGGAGGACGAGCCGGACAGGCCCACGAGGUUAGCCGACGGCGUCGAGGACCAACCACCCACAGCGAGGUCAGGCCAGGUGGCUGGUGAUCAGACGAGACAGAAAGCCAGCCAGACGACCGACCCCCGGGACCGACCAGGAGGGUAGCCAGGCAACCAACAAGGCGAUCGACAAGGCGAUCAACAAGGCAACCGACAAGGCGACCGCCCAGGCAGCCGACAGGGCGACCGACAAGAGCAAAGGCCACCGCCCACGGUCUCGAUCGCACAACGUCGAUCUCGGUGACAAGACGAGGCGGUACGGCCAGAGAGGGCAUGGGCAGCAGGAACGGGAAGUCGAUGAAGCUCUCUGACUUUGAGAAGGACGCCGUCGUCGGCGAUGGUGCGUUCGGGCACGUGUAUCGUGUGGUGGAGAAUGCGACCGGCAAGGUGUAUGCCCUCAAGUCGAUGAUCCGAUCGCCAGAUCACUCGGACGAGGUGUGGGAGAAGCUCAAGCGCGAAGUCGAGCUGCAGCGCAAGGCCUCGUCCUCGCCGUUUGUCACCACCUAUCGGUAUACAUUUGAGGAGAACGAAAAGGUCUACAUUGUUCUCGACUACAUCGGUGGAGGUGACCUGUUCUACCAAGUCAAGUCGGCCAACGGCGGACUCCCGCUCGAUGCCGUCCGGUUCUACACUGCCGAAGUCAUGGUCGCGCUGGAGCACCUGCACAGCCUGGGCAUUGUCUUUCGCGAUCUCAAGCUCGAAAACGUGCUCAUCGCCGAGGACGGACACGUCAAGCUCUCAGACUUUGGUCUCGCCAAGCAGCUUCUGCUGCGGGCGUCGGAACAGCGGUCGCGGCGGCGAUCGCGCACGCGGGCCCGCGACGAUGCCGCUGCUGGCGGCGACUCGGGCUCGCUGCGGUCGACAUCAACGUUUUGUGGGACCAAGUACUAUAUGGCGCCCGAGAUGGUCAACAACCGCCGAUAUGCGAUGAGCGUCGACUUUUGGUCGUUGGGCGUCCUCGUCUACUCGAUGCUGACCGGUCACUACCCGUUCAUGUCACCUGACCGCACCGAGUUGUUCAACAUGAUCCGCCAUGACGAGGUGCUGUAUCCCGAGACGCUGCCGGACGAUGCCGUCGACUUUGUCGAUGCGCUGAUGGAGAAGGACACCGCGCUGCGACUCUCGUCGUUUGACGAUAUCCGUGCCCAUCCUUUCCUCCGCUCCAUCGACUGGGACGCCGCCGCCGCACGGGAGCUGACCCCGCCGGCCGUCCCAGGCGACAUUGCCGUCGACAUCUACAAGGAGCUGACCGGACAGGCCCCGUCGCCAUCAAGCUCACGCCGCAAGAAGCGCCGGCACAAGUCUCGCUCGCGCAAGAGCGACACCACCGCAGCCGCAGCCACUGGUGCUGCCGGUGUUGACAGCAACGUAUCUGGCAAGGUCGAGCCCAAGCCGCACAAGACUAGGAAGCGCAAGAAGAAGCGCUCGUCGCGUCCCAGCCCGCGGGAAGCAUCACCGUCGGGUGACGAGCAGCCGCCGCCGGUGUGUGCAGCUCAGCGGAAUGUCGACAAUAUCUGA